AACAAUUCAAAUUUCAAAAAUACUUCUCUCAAGAAUUGAAUUGACUAGUAGUUAGUCUAGUAGUUUCAUUUUCUUUCUCUUGCUGUCAUUUUUCUUUAGUCAUAAUGGCGAGUGGACAUUGCAGCCAUAUAUUGAUUUUGUUUACGUUUCUCUUGCUUGCCUUGAGUGCUUCCUUGGUGCAUGGCCAAGGCACAAGAGUUGGAUUUUAUUCUGCUGCGUGUCCUCGAGUUGAAUCCAUUGUUCGUUCAACAGUUCAAUCUCAUUUCCGUUCUAAUCCCACUGUGGCUCCUGGAUUGUUAAGGAUGCUUUUUCAUGACUGUUUUGUGCAGGGUUGUGAUGCCUCAAUCCUUAUUACAGGGUCUAACACUGAAAGAACAGCUGGUCCUAACCUAUUACUGAGAGGAUAUGAAGUUAUUGAUGAUGCCAAGACAAAACUUGAAGCUGCAUGCCCUGGCAUUGUCUCUUGUGCUGAUAUUCUUGCCCUUGCUGCGCGUGAUUCUGUUGUUCUGACAAAUGGACCUAGUUGGGUUGUUCCCUUAGGACGCAGAGAUGGGAGGGUUUCAUUGGCAUCUGAUACUGCCAAUUUGCCAGCAUUCACUGACUCUGUCGGUGUGCAAAAGCAAAAGUUUUCUGCUUUGGGUCUCAAUACUCAAGAUCUUGUGGUCCUCGCUGGAGGACACACCAUAGGAACUUCAGCUUGCCGGUUCUUCCAAUACAGAAUGUACAAUUUCACUAGAGUAGGGAAUGGUGCUGUGGACCCAUCUAUUGAUUCAUCAUUCCUUCCUCAACUACGAGCACUCUGCCCAAAAAAUGGAGAUGAUUCAAAGCGAGUUGCAUUGGAUACUGGUAGCCCUAAUAGGUUUGACACCUCUUAUUUUACAAAUUUGAGAAAUGGGCGAGGGAUCCUUGAGUCUGAUCAAAUGUUGUGGACUGAUGCUUCAACAAAAACCAUUGUCCAGCGCUUCUUGACGGGUCUGAGCUUUAAUUUGGAAUUUGGAAAGUCCAUGAUUAAAAUGAGUAACAUUGGGGUAAAGAUAGGCAAUGCUGGUGAAAUUCGCAAAAUAUGUUCCAAAAUUAAUUGAUGAUAUAUAAAAAUAUAUAAUCAUGUAAGGAGCUCACUUGUUGAGGUUUUUGUUUUGUUUUGUGUGUGUUUGUUAGCCUUAGCUUAUACAAUAACUCUAUAUACACCAAAAAUUUUCACACCUGAGAUAUAUCAUGAGUGACAAUUUUAUGUGGAGGGUGUGAAAUUUCAUGUGAAAUUUUUGGUACCUAUAAUAACAGUACUUAGGCUUA